UCGGGCCCGCUCUGAAGGCGCAGGGCGGUGCGUCCCGCGCGCGGUCCGCGGGUCAGUCCGCUAGCCUGCCCACUAACCUACCCGCAGCCCAUCGGUAGGCCGAACCCUUACCGACUGGAAACUCCAUUCCAGUCGCCUAUCCUAAGGGCCCCACUCACCUCCGCCAGAAGAUACCCCCUCACCUCCACCUCACGGAACAACUGAUCCGCGGCGGCACCUCCUACCUACUGAAGCUCUCCGAACCCGCAGACGUGGCCCUGCGUGUCUUCCGGUCCAUAGCCGCGCCCCCCCAGCCAAUCAUGGCCGGGGAGGAUCCGCCGGCCCCGCCUCUCCUCGUUGCGGAUCAUGCGCAGCUCGCGCCUGCGGAACUGCGGAUCCCGGGUCUGACAGGGUUUGGGGCUGUUUCCAUUGAAUGACCGGGAAGGCUGUCAGUGCAUAGCGUUCCUGCAAAACUGCUGAACGGAAAAGGACCUUCGGGAAAUUUCUCUGGACACCGCUGAAAUUAACAAACCUAGUGGCCCUGGGCCUUUCCAGUUUUUCCUGGCAAGUGGAUUUCGAGGCAACAUGUCUGCUUCAGUGAAAGAAUGCCUGCAGCUUCAGCUGCUGGAGAUGGAAAUGCUGUUUUCUAUGUUUCCUAACCAAGGCGAAGUAAAACUUGAAGAUGUAAAUGUCCUGACGAAUAUAAAGCGAUAUUUGGAAGGCACGAGGGAGGCGCUGCCGCCAAAAAUUGAAUUUGUGAUUACCCUCCAGAUUGAGGAGCCCAAGGUGAAAAUUGAUUUGCAAGUAACCAUGCCUCACGGCUACCCCUACGCAGCGCUGCAGCUAUUCGGACGGUCGUCUGAGCUCGACCGACAACAGCAACUCCUGCUCAACAAGGGUCUCACUUCCCAUAUAGGGACUUUUGAUCCAGGUGAGCUCUGUGUAUGUGCGGCAAUCCAGUGGUUGCAGGACAAUAGUUCCUCCUAUUUUCUGAACAGAAAGAUUGUUUUUGAACCAUCUACACAAGCAAAGCCAGUCAAGAACACAUUCCUCCGAAUGUGGAUCUACAGUCACCAUAUAUAUCAGCAGGACCUAAGAAAAAAGAUUUUGGAUGUUGGGAAAAGGUUGGAUGUGACUGGAUUUUGCAUGACAGGAAAGCCGGGUAUAAUCUGUGUGGAGGGCUUCAAAGAGCACUGUGAGGAGUUCUGGCACACAAUUAGGUACCCCAACUGGAAACACAUUUCCUGUAAGCAUGCUGAAAGUGUCGAAACCGAAGGAAAUGGAGAGGAUCUGCGCCUUUUCCAUUCUUUCGAAGAAUUGCUCCUUGAGGCCCAUGGCGACUAUGGAUUAAGGAACGACUAUCACAUGAACCUGGGCCAGUUCUUAGAAUUUCUCAAAAAACAUAAAAGUGAGCAUGUGUUCCAGAUAUUAUUUGGUAUUGAAAGUAAAAGUUCAGACGCCUAGGAAGCUAGUAAGAGGCCUGUGCUUAUAAUUUCUCUAAGUCGGUAUUUCUGUGAAUAAGACCAAAAUAAAAGGGCUAGUGGCUGUUUGGCAUCCUCUGUGAGACCCCUAGCCCCACAAUUUUUACCUGGUAAUGAAACACAAAGGCCUUUUAACUUUAUAACAGUGCAAUUGUGAUGUUAUCUCUAUGUUCUUGUGUUAACUGAAAACUAUUUAAUUGUAAAUUAAUAAAAACAGUCAACUUAACCAGC